UAUGUUCUGUGUCCUUACAUCUCAUAUUACAGAUGAAGAAUCCAGAGAACAUGUGACCAGUCUCUCUGUCUUUGUUGGUUUGACAUUGUGUCGUUAGAGUCUCUUUAAAUUCCUCUAAACCCACUGAAUUAACGUGCGCUCUUCAUCUGAGAGAUACGGUGCACGCCCCUUUAAUCAACACGCACUAACUCUGAUUAAGUUAACACCGACUCAACUGACCCACAUCUGAACCACCGUCGUACCGUUUAACACAGAUCGAGGCAGUCAGGGUUUGUCAACCCCGACUUUACCUGAGAACCUGAGUUCAACCACAGGAGGUUCAACUCUCUCUGUAGUAUAGGCCUCUGGUGUGUCAGUGUUGUUGUUGUGAGAGACAGAUUAGAACUGUGAGGAGCAGAGGUAGAGCCUACAUUUCCCAUAAUGCACUUGGACAGCAGGGUGGGGCACUGAUACAGAGUACUGGACAUAACACACUCUGUCACACAGAGACGAUGAUGAGACUUGAUGAAGCUCUGGGUCAGAGUCCAGAGCUGGAAUCAAUCAUUAGACCAGAUCAAUCGUUCAGAUCAAUCGUUCAGAUCAAUCGUUCAGAUCAAUCGUUCAGAUCGAGCUCUCAUCUUCUUCAUCACAGUAAAGUCUGUAGAUUAAUAUUAAACUGAAGCUGUGGUUUUGUUUGGGUCGGCCAUGUUUGUUGUUGUUGUUGUUGUUUGUGUGUGUGUGUGUGUGUGUGUGUGUGUGUGUGUGUGUGUGUGUGUUGGCAUUCCAGGCCUAUUGAUUACCCACUGCCUUAUAUAGACACAAGGAGAGAGUUCUGGCAGCUGAUUGGCUCGUUGACUGACACAUAUACACACACAGUGUAAGCAGAGCUGGGUCUGACAGCAGCUGCAGGGUGUCACUUUACAUGACCACGUGCUGCUGUCGUGGUUCAACACACAGAAACAAACUGGACCAGGACCAGGACCAGGACCAGGGUUCUGUCCAGAGGAUCCAGCUCUCAGUGUGUUUGGUUCUUUCCAUCAGUAUUUAGACUCACUGUGCAGACAGGAAUGAGUUAUUCAGAGUCCUGUCAGCUUCAGGACGAGGACUGUUUAUCUGGACCGGUCCAUGGCCCCUGACGGGUCAGAACAUGGAGGAGGUUCUGGUCUCUGUUCAGUCUGGUUAACAGCUGUCUCUGAAUCUGUGGACUGAGGGUUUGUUUUCCUCCCCUGAGCUGAAGACAGCUGUCUGAUCCUGAAUUCUGUGAGACCUGAAGCCUGUGAGACCUGAAGCCUGUGAGACCUGAAGCCUGUGAGACCUGAAGCCUGAGAGACCUGAAGCCUGCUGUCUGCUUCCUGUCUGCUGUGGAGGACACAUUUGACAGACGGACUCUGGUUGUAUUUCCUGUCUGGGGGGGGGAGGGGGGGGAGUCACUGAACGUCUGAGAGAUGUGAAGCUGAAGGAUCAGAGGAGCUGUCACUCAAACCAGGACCACACCCCCUACCCCCACCACCAGCCAAUCAGCACGCAGCCUGAGGACCAUCAUGCAUCUGAAGUCGUAUCCGAAGCUCGUGCGCUCAGAGUUGUGUUUGGAUGCAUCCAGUGUUCAGACGUCCUCCCAGCAGAGCAGUCUGUUUGUGAGCCAGCAGGGGACGCUGCUGAGGACCUGCAGCAGUAACCAUGGCAACAUUAGCAGUGGCCGCCUCCCGUUCAGUGUCAUCUCCACCAACAUGCUUCGCUGCAGCAACGCAACAAACAACAACGUCAGCAGCAGCGUGUCGUCGCUGCGACUGAAGGUGUCAUCCAGCCCCGCCCUGCAGCUCCUCCCCCCACCGCUGGGCUGCGAGAACGUCACGCUCAGGAUGUACCAGACCGCCACCGAGGACUCUGACACCCCGCUGGACAUCUGGACCGUCAUCAAGCCCGGACACGUCCGCGAGAAGAUCGCCAUCUUCGCCUCAGAGGGAGGACGGACAGAUGGAGCUGGAGGCGGCGAGCACUCGAACAGGACGCCAUCGAUGUGUACGAACCACAGUGCCAUGCCUGGACUAACUCGAGCAGUGAAGGCGAAGGGGAGCUGGGAGGAGAACUGCAGCGCUAAACGACGCCGCAGGUCUGGAAACAACCAGAACCAGAACCUCCAGCAGGACCAGAGGAACCAAGUCCUGGACGCCCAGCAACACACCCAGAAACCGUCUCCACAGCGCUCAGACUCGACUCAGAGCUCAUGUGACAGGUGGAGGGGGAGCGAGGUGGUGACAGCGGAGGAGGAGGAGGAGCAGAAGGUGUCGGUGGUGGAGAUGGUGGCGUUCCUGGAGCAGAGGGCGAGCGAGCAGCAACUUGACUGCAAACCUCUGCUUGCUCUCCAGAGGAGCUCCACCACCAUCACGCUGUCCAGAGCCCCGCCCCCCGAGGUCAGGGGGGAGGAGCCGGAGAGCGUCAGGGUGUCGGACAUGGUGGCCAAGCUGGAGUCGGAGUGUCUGAGGAGGAGGACGGAGGGAGACCUGUCGAGGAGCAACAGUCUGAGGAGGACGGUGGGACGAGUCCUGCUCGCCGCCGGGGACCAGAGCUCUGCCCCCUCCCAUCCUACAUCAUCAGUGACAUCAUCCUCCUCAUCGUCAUCACUGCCAGGAGCUCAAAGUCCAAGUGGGACACAGACACCUGCCUCAGCUCUGACCACGCCCCCCUCACCUGAGCUGGCCACGCCCCCCUCUUCCCUCUCAGGUGAGGCUGGUGGGACUGGGGGGAGUGCUGUCACAGAGACUCAGACUGUGGCUCCGCCCCCUCUGUCAGAAGAGGCGGAGCCUCUGCCUGGCUUGUUGUUUUUGUCUUUGCCUCCUGCAGCUUCCACCCCUCCCCCCACAGACUCAGAGCCCCGCCCCCCUCACCACAGAAUGACCUUUGACCUGGAACCUUCCCCCUCACGGCCCCGCCCCCCUGCUGUCAGCUUCUCACCUGACUCCUGCAGCCAAUCAGAGAAGAUGAGGAGAAGUCAGGAGGGGGAGGUUGUCGGUGUGAGUCCCUGCUCUACCGCGGUGCCUCUGGGCCGGCGUGCCUCGGUGUCGCAGGACUUCCUGGAGAUGCGUCAGCGGCUGCAGCAGCUGCUGGAGCCGCAGCCGUACCUGGCCGUGCUGCCUCACCACCUGCUGGUGAAGAUCUUCCUGCUGCUGCCCACGCAGAGCCUCGCCGCGCUCAAGUGCACCUGCCACUACUUCAAGUUCGUCAUCGAGAACUACGGCGUGCGGCCCGCCGACUCGCUCUGGGUGUCCGACCCCCGUUACCGUGACGACCCCUGCAAACAGUGCAAGAAGCGGUACGGCCGCGGCGACGUGUCUCUGUGCCGCUGGCACCACAAACCGUACUGCCAGGCGCUGCCCUACGGCCCCGGGUACUGGAUGUGCUGCCACGGCGUCCACAGGGACGCGCCCGGCUGCAACGUGGGUCUCCAUGACAACCGCUGGGUGCCGGCCUUCCACAGCAUCAACGUGCCGAUCUACAGGAGGAGCCAUGACGACGACUGAGAGUGUGUGUGUGUUUGUGUGUGUGUGUGUGAGAAUCAGCUGCUCCCAUAAUGCAACAGCAGCUCAGAGUUUCCUUCAAAACACUGAACAGCAGCAAAUAACAAACACCUGCAGAGAUCAGUCAUUGAUCAGUCAUUGAUUUGUUGAUCAGUUAAGUUCUAAGCUUCAGAUCAGUUAACAGUUAUUUACAUCAUCGAUUGAUCUGUUGAUUAGUUUUCAGUCAACAGGUAGAGACACUUGUUCCACCCAGCUCCAGGUGACGUGGUCACAUGACUGGUUCGGUUUAUUGUAUCUGAAUUAUUAAUGACUGAAACAUUUAAUCAAUCAUCAAUAGUUGCUGAUUGAUCCAUUCAUGACUGCAGCUCAGACACGUCAGAGGGAAACUCUGACCUGUGACAGGACGGCGCCCCCUGCUGCUCAGACCUCACCUCACACUGAAACCUGAUCACAGUGAACUGACGUCCGUCUGUCUGACAUCUCGUUACGUCAGCAGCUCAUUAACAGGUAGUUUCCUCGUUAGCAGGAGGGAGGAGGAGUCCCAGCCAGGACUCCUCUUCUCCUCCUCAACAUCCACUUACUCAGUUUUACAGCUGCAGCUGAUUCUUCUUUUUAUCAAUCAAGACACUCACGUUUUCUCAGUCAGGGAAUCAGAUGUCAUCAAUGAUCAGUUUCUGAUCAGUCAGUUGAUCAGUUAAUUGAUCAUUGGCUGCAGCUCAGCUGUCGACUCUUCAUCAUGGUCUUCAUCAGGGAGAAACUCAGUCUGCUGAUGAAGACUGUGAGUUGGUUGAAAGCUACAGAACAGAGUAAGUGGAGUUUGAGCGGAGGUGAGGGGGCGUGGCUUCAGGGGCCGUGGCCUGUGUUUGUCUAGAGCAGGUGAAUUUACCUGCAUCUUGUUGUGUUUACAUUUGUACAUAAAGGUUGAAGGACAGAUUGUGUGGUGGAUUCAUGUCGUGGUUGAUGUGAGUGAUGAUCAGGAACCUGAUGUGAUGAUGAUUGUUGUUUUCAGGAGGAAGAGAGGAGGCGUGGCCUUGACUGUUCUCGGAGACGAUGCAAUAUAAAACUGUAGAGACUGUAAAAAAGAAAAUGAGGGGAGAAGAUGUGACGACCUUUGACCUUCAGAGAUGAGUGUUUUUUUAAGGUUUGCUGGAUUCUGUCGCUGCCUCUUUUCUCUCACUGAGGUUUUGCUUUAAUAAAGUGUUUUCUCAUUGGUUCUUGUUUGGGUUAAAAACAAA